AUGAGAUUCACCCCUAUCAUCGCAUCUCUUCUCGGUGCUGCCGUCACCAUCCAGGCUCUCGAGCAGCCCCAUCCUCUCGCAGAUGUCAGCGCGCAAGCCUGCGCUGUGCGCAACUACGGUUGCGAAAACGGCUAUUGCUGGAACGGGCAGUGUGGAAGCAAAGGAGAGUGGUGCUGGCUGGCCAAAAAUGGGGGUUCGGGUGGUUGGUUGACGUGUGGAAGCGAUGCGGCUUGUGCACCGAAUGUUGCCGUGGAUGCUGGGUGUGCUGACUGUAACGUCUAUCCUGCGGGCACCUGUGGGUGUUCAUGCUGA